AAACAAAAAUCGAUCCCGUCUCCUCUGCGUUUCCCCCAAAUCUGCCACCCAACCCGAAACCCAAACCCUUGCGCCGACCUAGGCAAUCUCCCGUAGUGGCGGCCGGCGUGCAAGCGGGAUGGAUCGUUCGGCGGCAGGCGUCUCGUACCAGAGGUUCCCCCGCGUGCGGAUCCGCGAGCUCAAGGACGACUACGCCAAGUUCGAGCUCCGCGACACCGACGCGAGCAUGGCCAACGCCCUCCGCCGCGUCAUGAUCGCCGAGGUCCCCACUGUCGCCAUCGACCUCGUAGAGAUCGAGAGCAACUCCUCCGUCCUCAACGACGAGUUCAUCGCGCACCGCCUCGGACUCAUCCCGCUCACCUCCUCCGGCGCCAUGGGCAUGCGCUUCUCCCGCGACUGCGACGCCUGCGACGGGGACGGCUCGUGCGAGCACUGCUCCGUCGAGUUCCACCUCGCCGCCCGCGCCACCGACGCGAACAAGACGCUCGAGGUCACCUCCAAUGACCUCCGCUCCACCGACCCCAAGGUAUGCCCGGUUGACCAGGCAAUGGCAUACCAGCAGGCCAUAGGCACCGCCGACCCCUACGACACUUCUACUGCAUCAGACCACAGGGGCAUACUAAUUGUAAAGCUGCGUCGUGGACAAGAGCUGCGUCUUCGAGCAAUUGCUAGGAAGGGAAUUGCAAAGGACCAUGCCAAGUGGUCCCCAGCUGCUACGGUGACAUUCAUGUAUGAGCCUGAUAUACGUAUUAAUGAAGAACUCAUGGAGACGCUUACUCUUGAGGAAAAAACAAGCUGGGUGGAGAGCAGCCCUACUAAAGUAUUUGACAUUGACCCUAACACCCAACAGGUGGUGGUUGUGGAUCGGGAGGCAUAUACAUAUGAUGAUGAGGUGAUCAAGAAGGCUGAGGCCAUGGGGAAGCCAGGACUGAUAGAGAUCAGCGCAAAGGAAGACAGCUUUGUGUUCACUGUGGAAACAACCGGCGCCAUCACAGCAUAUGAGCUUAUUAUCAAUGCUAUCACGGUGUUAAGGCAGAAACUGGAUGCUGUUCGCCUGCAAGAAGAAGAUGGUGAUUUUACCGGUCUCGACGCCCACCUCGGUGUAGCCUAGACCCCCAAUUCCAUGGAAAGAAUCGUCGGUAGUAUCUUAAACCCGUGUGUAGGCUCGUCUUGCUAGCUUGUUAGUGUCAAAGAACUUUGGAUCUUCAAAUGGAUAUCAACUGCCUAAACUCUCUGCUGGAACUGUUGUGUUCCCCUAGCUGAGAAAAAUCAUGGACACACAUUAGCUAGCUCUACUGUGGAACAAUUGGAUUGCUAGCUGCUAGAUAAUCUAUGUGCGCUGUU